CUGAGUGGUUAAGCAACCUCCAGCAGCGCUUCAGAGUUUUUUUUUGCAAACAUCCCAGUUUUCGCAAACCCAUCAACCCGUAUCAAAUAUGAAGCUGUUCGUCGUCAUUUCGUCCCUGCUGGCCGUGGCCACUGCUGCUCCAUCGGCGGUCCUAUACGCGGCCGGUGGUCAGCCGGCACUGUACGCCGCGGCUCCGGCCACUGCCUACCUGCUUCCGGCGGCGGAGGUGUCGAGCCAGUAUCACGCCCAGGACGAACUCGGCCAAUACUCAUAUGGAUACAACGGAGGACUGUCGGCCAAGGCGGAGUCGAAAUCGUUUGAUGGCGUCACCCGCGGAUCGUACAGCUACCUGGAUGCGGAGAACAAGCUGCAGACCGUGGCCUACACUGCCGACGCGCUCAAUGGAUUCCGUGUGGCCGCCUCGAACCUGCCAGUGGCCCCAGUUGAGACGCGCACCGCUCCCGAACCAGUGAAGGAUACUCCCGAGGUCGCCGCUGCCAAGGCCGAACAUAUGGCCGCCAUCGAGGAGGCGAAACUGCGCAACGCUGCCGCCGAGAAGGACGAUGCUGAGGUGAUUGCUGCUCCGGCUGCAAUUGCUUCCAUCGCUCCGGCUCCGGCUCCUGCCACUUUCGCCUACUCCACGCAGCCGAUCGCUUACACCACGUACGCUGCCGCUCCCGCUGCUGCCGCCAUCGAACUGAAGGCUCCCUCCUCCUUCUCGUACUCGACCUACACCCAUACGGCACCUCAGCUGGCCUACACGCAGUAUGCUGCUGCCGCACCGCUUGCCUACACCGCUUCGUCGUACGCUCUGCCCGCUGCUCCGAUCGCCAGCCUUCCGCUUGCCCAGUACUCGUACGCUCAUGCUCCAGCCACGAUCGCUCUGGCUGCCCGUUCGCAGCCGGUAGAAAUUGCGGCCCUGCCCGAGCCCGUCCAGGAUACGCCCGAGGUUGCCAAGGCUAAGGCGGAGCAUUUCCAGGCCGUCGCUGAAGCCAAGGCUCGCAGCCUACAGUAAUACAGCGUGGGCCAAGUUGAGGCCAACCAUUCAAAUACCCAUGUAGGUACAUCCCUACGCAUCCGAUCACCUACACCCGACAAUAGCACCCCCACCUUACCCUCCCCCCGUUAUAUUGGACUUCGAGAUGUGUGAAUGUCGAAAGAUCCUUUGUACAGUGAGCAACGUUUAGU